GCAUAGGGAACCGUCUGGUCUUUCUUCGGAGACCAGUUUUCCUUCAAACACACGACAUUGGCAUAGACGACCACUUGAGCCCACAUCAUGUCAACCGCAGCAGCGCCGCUGGCGAUUAGCAGCCUUGGAGCCUUUGCUGCCGGCACUGGCUUGUACUGGCUGUACUUCAACCGCUUCGAGACGCACAUGCACGCUCUGAGGUUCAUCAACACUUUUCUGCUUGCCAACAUCGCGGGCUUCUUUGCCCUGACAGCAUCAUAUGGCUUGACUACCUCUGCCGCCUUCAGCACCUUGACCUGGGCGUCCGGUGCUCUGCUGGCGGCGCUUUUUGGCAACUGCCUUGUAUACCGCCUACUUCUCAACCCGCUCAACAGAUUUCCUGGACCAUAUCCCGCCAGAAUCUCCAACUUCUGGCUCUCAACCCAGCUGGCCGCCAAAUCCGAUGGCUACUACUGGCUCCAAGCCCAGCACAAGAAGCACGGCAAAAUCGUCCGGAUCGGAACCAACGACCUCUCCAUCACCGAUCCCGAAAUCAUGGAACUUGCCUACGGAGCCAAGUCCCGCGUCACGAAAUCGAUCUGGUACGAUGGCGACAAGCCCUUGACCUCCAUGCAAACCUCUCGCGACAAAGGCCUCCACGACCGCAGACGUCGUGUCUGGGCUCCUGCAUUCUCGGAAAAAGCCAUCCGCGACUACGAGACGGAAAUCCAAACCUUCAACGACAAAUUCCUCACCAAAAUCGCCGAGCACGGCGACAAACCCGUCAAUCUCACGAAAUGGUUCAACCUGUUCUCCUUCGACGCCAUGGGUCUAUUGGCGUUCGGCCGCGACUACGGUAUGCUGGACAAAGGCGAGAAACCCCACGAACUGGAAAUGCUGGACGAAGGCAUGCAGCCCCUCGCAUACAGACUUCCACUCUGGUUCUUCCGUCUCUUGACCGCCAUCCCCGGCCUCUCCGCCGGCUACCAGAAAUUCGUCAACUUCUGCGUCUCCGAACUGACCUGGCGAGUGCAAAAUGAAGGCAACACGAAACGAGACGUGGACAUCAUGGGCUGGCUACUCAAAGCAUACAAAGACGUGCCUCAUCCGGAAAAGGACACGAUGUUGCAAGCGGACGCUCGACUCAUCAUCGUGGCGGGAAGUGACACGACAGCCGCGACGUUCACAUACUUAUUCUUCCAUCUCGCGCAGAACCCGGAGAUCGUUGAGAAACUCCGCGAAGAGCUCGACCCGCUCACGACCGGCGACUGGCAGGACAAAGAUAUCCGCAACGCUCCGAUCUUGAACGGCUGCAUCAACGAAGCCCUCCGCAUGCACCCGCCCGUCCCAUCUGGUGUUGAACGCUUAACUCCUCCCGAGGGUCUCAAAGUCGGCGACACCUGGAUCCCAGGGAACGUACAGUUCGUGACGCCCAUGUUCGUUAUGGGUCGAGACCCCGACAUCUACGCCCAACCCGACACAUUCCUCCCCGAACGCUGGUCCACCCAAAGCGACAAAGUGAAGCACAAAGACGCCUUCGCGCCCUUUUCCAUGGGUCCGAUGGGUUGUAUCGGCAAAAAUUUAGCGUUGAUGGAGUUGCGGACUCUGACGACGCGGUUGGUACAGAAAUUUGACUGGAGGCUGGCGGACGGGGAGGACGGGAGCAGGAUUUUGAGGGGCACGAAGGAUCAUUUUACGGUGGAUUUGGGGGAUUGUGAGGUUGUUUGUGGGGAGAGGAGGAGGUAG